GAAACGUCCAGGUUACCCAGCCCUCUCCAAAGUCUCCCUCCGAUGGAUGAGAGAGCAUCUGCCGUGUUUUCUGCCCUCCCGGGAAUGAUGUUUGAAGACAAGAACAAGGAGGUCUCUACACACCCGCUGACUUUAUCUUGGGUCUUCGGCUAUAACAGCAGACUCCCAGUUUUCAACCUAAUGGAUGAAGACUACAGGGUGGUUUUGUACGCCGCCUCUCACACUGCCGUGAUCCAUGACCUCCGAAACAACAAGCAGUAUCACCUCCAGGGUCACUCGAGUUGCAUCUCUUGCUUCUGUGUGAGCGAAGACAGACGGUGGAUCGCCACAGCCGACCGAGGUCCCGAGAGUCUGGUGAUUGUCUGGGAUGGCUACUCCGCAGUUCCUGUGCACACCAUAUUUGACAGCCACCCGGAAGGCGGAGUCAGUGCCAUCGCGAUUUCCCACGACUCCAGGUUUUUGGCUACCGUUGGUGCUGGGGCAGUGCAGAAAGUUUGCGUUUGGAAGUGGACCUCGACAGACACAAAGCCUGUUUGCAGCGUAGAACUCCAGCCUCAGUAUGGUUUUCAGGACUACAUCGCAUUCAGUUGCAGAACGCACUACGAGUUGGUCAGCAACAGCACCACACAAGUCAUAUUCUACAUGUGGGAAGGCAACAGUUUGCAGUGCCACGCUCCCCACCUGUCAGACAGAACAUUCAACAAGGCAGUGGGCGUCCUUAGCCAGUCCCUUUUCCACUUCAGCACUGAACAAGCAGUCACCGGAACCCUGGAAGGGAAGCUGGUGGUCUGGGACGUCGCAAGCCUGGCCUCCAAGUCCGCCGCCACGCCCGCCAAGCCCUUCAACAUGAAAGCCAUCAAGCUCGUGCACUUGCAGAAAGAAGGGAUCACCACCUUGGCCAUCAUGGACAAGACGAUUGUAACCUGUGAUGUCAAAGGCCACAUCAAAUUCUACGACGGAUCCCUGCAGCUUCUGCAUUGGUACAGCCAGUUCAAACUGGGGCCCAUCCGGUCUAUUUCCUUUUCCAAGACACCUGUGUGUCCCUUGAAUGCCUCCCAGUUUCCCACUUCCUGCACCUUAUCAGGCCAGCCCUUAAUUAUCAGGAACUUCAUCCUCUCCACUUUCGACGGGGUGGUGGUUCACGUCAUGACCGAGCAGACGCAGGUGACCAAGUGCCUGGAGGAGCCCAAGUGUCCCGUCCACGCCAUCGCCUGCCACCCGGCCAAGCCUCUCCUGGCCAAGGGGAGUGCCUGCGGACUCUUGAAAGUGUGGGACUACAACCUCAGCAAGUACCUCGUGAGCCGGAUCUUUAAGGGACAGAAUAUCCAGAGCCUCUGCUACAACCACGACGGAUCCUUGCUGGCUGUUGGAUUUGCCGACGGAACUGUCUGCAUCCUGGAUUCGAUAUCCUUGGAAAACGAGAGUUUGGAGCCUUUCAGAUACUCCAAAGGCGCAAUCAUUCAUAUGAGCUUCUCACACGAUUCCCAGUACCUGGCAACUGCAGAUGACAACAUGUCAGUAGCCCUUUAUAAGCAAGUCAUCGAAGAGGAUAAGGAAGUCUGGGAGCGCCUGGCCGCCCUCCGUUCCCAUUACAAGCCCAUCCGCACCAUCCUCUUUGGAGUGCACUUGGACAGCGACAAGCCCCGGCUCUUAAGCCUGGGAGAGGACCGGCUUUUGGUGGAGUAUGACCUGGAGAACAGCGUCAAAGACGACUUGGUGGCGAUUCGAAGGGACCGGAUCGAGCAGAGCGCAGUCCCCAAAUACAUCACCUGGUACCCACAACUCACAAAGGAAUAUUUUUUCCUGACCGCCAAUGACCAGUACAAAAUGAAGAUUUAUAACGUGACCACAAAAAUGUGCAGAAAAACUGUUCUAGGGCCUGCAUAUGGCUCUCCCCUGGAGAAGAUUCAAGUCCUCCCACCCAGAGAGGGCUGCGAUCCUGAGAAACACUACCUGGCCUACAUCACAACAGACAAGGUCGGGCUGCAGAUCUUGCCUGUUGAUGGGAACCCGCACAGGUCCUCGGCUUUCAUUUGCCACCCAGCGGGGGUCUCUGACUUCGUCUGUUCCUAUGAAGGCUGUCACCUCUUCACAUCCGGGGGCAACGACUUGACUGUGAUGAAAUGGGACAUUAAUUUAAACGUUUUGGAAGCGGCAGUUUCCCUGGGAGGGAAGGACUUGAUCCCAUUCUACAACCUCCUGAACGGUGGCAGAGAGGGCGAAUUCUUCAGGGAAUUGGAGGACUAUUUUUACUAUGCACAGCUGCGUCAUCAAGGCAUCGACACCAUGGAGCCACGAGAGGUGUCGACACACAUCCCCUUGGAGCAGAUUCCUUUUGUCAUGCGAGCGAUGGGAUUCUACCCGUCGGAGGAACAGAUUGAAAACAUGCUCAACGAAGUCAAGUUCGGCGAAUACCUCGAGACGGGGAAGCAAGUGACCGAGAUCAACUUGGGGGACUUCAUCAAGCUCUACAUCAACCACCGGCCGGCCUUCGGGCUGUCCCUCAAAGAAAUUGAGGCCGCCUUCCGCCUGCUGGGCUACCAGAACGAGCAGGAAGAGGCAAGCCUGAACCGGGACGACCUGCUGCUCUUGCUCCAGCACAAAGGGGAGCAUUUCACCGAAGAAGAGCUGGCCGAGUGCCUCACCACGCUGCUGGGCAUGAACCCCGAGGGAGGGAGCGCGGAGGGGGGGCCCUAUGAUGCCUCAGGUGCAGAGGCGUUUAUUGAGGAAGAAAUUCCAGAAGAAAUCACAGCAACGCAUUUUGUGGAAGAAAUUCUGGGCUUAGGUGUUCCUGAACCAGCAAUAACAGCGAUGGAAAAGACAACGGAAAACAGGAGCAGUGACCUGACAGCCAAGUCUUGAUGGCCCCUGACUUAUCUCAUUCUU